UAAUCCAUCUCGUUGAUUGCCGAUUCCUUUUCAUAAAAAAACGCAUCCAAAGAGAAAUGAAUCUUGCAAACCUUACGAGUCUGGUUUGCGCCAUAGUAUUGCUGCCUCGAAGCGAAAGCCAAGAGAGAGAAGAGAUUGCAUCUUUGCGAAAAGUACGGGACGUUGCUGCUUCGGUCACCAUCCCAAAACUCAUCAGCAUCUACAAUCUGGAGCGUCAUUUCAUAGACGCGAUAUCCGGAGUGAGAUGUCCGUACUUGAAUCGUCUCUACCGGAAAACUAAGAAGAAGCGGACGUCGAAGAAGAUGCUAGAAAGCGUUAUCUACAAAUCUCUCUACUUCUAUAUUCGAAUAUUCGAAUCUCUCGACGAAUUCCGAUUGAAGUCCAACGUAACAUUUAAUAUGACGGAAAGGAGUUUAGCCAUAAAAGGAAUCGGCAAUGUAGUCACGAUGGCCGAGUCUGACUUCUAUGAGAUAUUGGCUUCGCGAGGUAGGCCACCAAAAUGGUUGAACCGUUUCGAAAACAGAAAGGUAAACCGAACCACCUGCGUCCAAACGACCGGAGACUUGGCGUACAUGAGCUCGGUGGAUUUGGGUUUUCUGAGCCGGAACUUGAUGAAGUUCUUGAACCGUUGCAUCAAACUGCUCAGAGGAUUCAAACGCGACCGACUGUUAUCAAAACAGAUUAAUAUUAUUUAAACAGAGAUCCUGAUACUCGAACUUUAUUUUUAUUUUAUAUUUUAAAAAACUUUUAAGACGAUUUUAUUCGAAACUGUCUAGA